AUGGCCCUCCCUCGCCAGCCACGGGCGAGGGUUGUUGGAUUUGCCGAGAGCUUGACCCUCGUGGCCAAGGUCAUUAUCACUGGAUUUGGCGAGGGUUCGGGAGGCAACGACAUCGGAGCAGAGGGAUCGGUUGAGAGAGGGCUCGGGGUUGCGAACGACUGGGGGGCUUGGGCUUGUUCUUGGACCAAGGGUGGAGGCGGCGGCGGCGGUGGCGGCGUGGUUCGUCAGGCAACGGAGAGGGCGAGACAGAGCUGGUCGAGAGAGAGACAGAGAGAGCACACUGCAUCAUUCGACGUGGUUUCAUCAAAUGGCGGAGGCAAUGGACGAGGUAGAUACGGAGGCGGCGCGGUUUAUCGGAUGGCGGGCUCCGUCAUGAGUGGGAAUGGUCACGAGUGGAGAGAGAGAGAGUGUGUGUGA